AACAUAAAAGCUCAAAGGACGCAAACCGUUCAUAUUUUCUUGAAUUAUCUUUUACCCAAAAUUCCACUAAAAAAUAUGCAAAUGCAAACUCUCCACUUAGUAUCCACUUCUACUGUUGCUUCUUCUUCUUCUUCCCUACCCACUAUUGUUUCUCUUAAUUGCUGCCGUUGUCAAGCUUCAAAUCAGUUGUCAUUUCCCAAUACUAAUUUGGGUUUUCUGAAAGUUAAGAGGCAACCAAAAGUUUCUAACUUGAAGGCUAGCUUCUGGGAUUCCAUCAGAUCCGGGUUUGGCAAGAAUAACACAAUACAGGUUAUAGACACACCAUCCAGUGAAGAAGAAGAAGAGGAAGAACCUUUGCCUGAGGAAUUUGUUCUAGUUGAGAAGACUCAACCUGAUGGAACAGUUGAACAGAUUAUAUUCUCUUCUGGAGGGGAUGUUGAUGUGUAUGAUCUCCAAGAUUUAUGUGAUAAGGUUGGUUGGCCUCGAAGGCCACUGUCUAAGCUAGCCGCAGCUCUGAAAAAUAGCUAUAUAGUUGCAACUUUGCAUUCUAGGAAAUUCUCAUCAGGAGAAGAGGGGAAUGGAGAAAAGAAGCUGAUAGGCAUGGCUCGUGCAACAUCAGAUCAUGCUUUCAAUGCAACAAUUUGGGAUGUUCUUGUUGAUCCUUCCUAUCAGGGACAAGGACUUGGAAAAGUUCUUAUCGAGAAACUGAUACGAACCCUUCUCCAAAGGGACAUCGGAAAUAUUUCACUGUUUGCAGAUAGUAAAGUUGUGGAAUUCUACAGGAAUCUUGGUUUUGAACCUGAUCCAGAGGGAAUUAAGGGGAUGUUUUGGUACCCCAUGUAUUAGGCAUGUAUUGUUGGACCAACAGUUUUGGCCUCUAGCUCUGUACAGAUUCCAAAGAUUGGUGCAAGAAUGUGGCUGUUGGAUUGUGGGAUUAACAUGCAGCAUUUUUUGGAAGCUUGUGAGCUUUUUGGCCAUCUUGUAAUGUACAUUAUAAUGACCCUGGAACCUCUGCUAUUAUAGCUUGAGAGUCAUUUUGUGUUCUUGUUAGAGGAUUUCUGGUAGUCUAAUAGAUCUUGUUCCCAUUAUAAUUAUCCUCGUCUAAAAUAGCAUUUCUUGUUGCUUUCAUCUUCAAACCCAUUGUUAUCCAUCCUUUUUAAUGACCUUGCAAAUUUUGGCUUUUCUAUUC